AUGGCUCUUCCAGUUUUCGAUAAUUUCGCAAGAGAAAGUUUUUUCCACCAGCUUCCGAAGCUCAACGAAACUUGCACAGACCUUGAUCUUGGUGAAAUCUGCUCAACAAGCUGUGGCAAUGAUCUUUUGGCAUGUCUAGGCAACUGUCAAAAUGGGGAUGCACUUUGCGAAAAUUCCUGCGUCCGGGAAGGAUUUGACUGUAUUGAUGGAUGUCCUUGCCACAUUGAUUGCCCUGCAGGCUGCCAGGAUUGUCCAGCUGAUAUUUGCAACAUUUGUGCUUUUCCUGAAGAGAACGAGGAGCAUAUAAAAUGCCUGGCAGAUCUUGAGCAAGAGCUGAUGGAAUGCAUCGGAAACUGCGGCGGGAACUCGAGUUGUCUCACUCUUUGUACCGUAGAAUACUCACAGAACAUUCUCGACUGCCCUUGCGAAGAAAACUGCCCAAACGGUUGUCCAUGUCCCCAUUAUGAAUGCGAAGAUCCGGAAGCAGAAGAGCUGAAUUCCGUCUUGAUAAUGCACGGUGAAAGCGGCCGAGACCCUGCUCUUGCGAAUUUUCAAAGUUUUACUCAAGAUUUAAAAGUUUCGUGGUAUCACAAUGGUCCUGAUCGGCUAGAAUUCUCGGCCAAGGAAGGAUGUUCAGUUUUAUACAAGGGAAGAAAUUAUUUAUUCGGAGGAUGGUAUGUCAAUUUCGAAGGAGGAAAGGAGCACGGGCCGCAUGUUCUUGAUGGAUGCGAUAUAAAGAAAGCCGAAGGGGUUUCUUUUGAAUUUGACUGCUUCGAAGGAUCAGUUGGACAGACGUACUGGAAGGUUGACGACGAGCCACAGCCGUUCAUCAUGGUUUAUGAUGGGUACAAAAAUGCUUAUCGAUACGAUGGCUCAGAAAUCCUGGAGGUUUUACCAGAGACUACACGAAGUCAUUUGUAUAUCGGUGGUCAUAUUCCACUUUACCAAAAUCCUGAUCACCCUGGCGACCUUUUUUCGAUACUACUUGGUGGCUAUGAUAGUAAAUUCGGAAUAUACAGGAAUUCAGUUGAAUGGCUUAGCCCGGCCAGUGGAUGGAUCGAAGAUGAGAGUUUGACGUUUCCCGAAGAAGAUAAUACAGGAAAAGGUCUUAGUGCUUAUUGCGCUGUUUCGGGGGAAUUCGGACUGGUCAUCAUUCCAGGAAGGACGAGCUCAAAUCGAAAAAUCUGGCGACUUCACAAAAAUCAGUGGGAAAAUAUUGGACUCGUUCCCUGGACAUCAUUCAGAGGAUACGCAAGAGCUGUUCUUUUUCCUAACAACGAGAUAAUGGUCCUUGGAGGAUACUCGGGAGAUUGGAUGUUCACCAAGUUCAUAUUCAACGAAGAUUUUACUUCCAUCGAAGGGGAAGAUCUUGAGCAUUUGCCCAGCCUUAAAAAUUGGGAUGACCCUUAUGCGAUGCUUGUGCCUGACAAUUACUGUGUGAUCAAUUGA